AUGACCAACGAUACACCAAAUGCCGAUAUCUACACAAUGUUCAUGGAAACCUCUGUGCGCGGGCUGAUUGUGCUCAAUAUCGGAAGCUUCGUCGGUGGCUUAUUGCUCAUUAUCUUUGCCCAUAAACUGGAUCGUGUUGCACUGCAGAAGUACAUGUUCCUCGCACUGGCGGCUCUGUUUAUCGCCCUGGGAACCAUGUUCGUCUGUCUAUAUUCCGGCCCUCCGGCUGUGGUGGCAUUGUAUAUUGUUGGCCAAAUCAUGUUCAACUUCGGCCCCAAUGCAACAACCUAUAUGAUCCCCGCCGAGAUUUUUCCAACCCGAUACCGCGCAACAUGUCACGGCCUCAGCGCUGGAGCCGGAAAACUGGGCUCUAUUCUCGUACAAAUUUUCUCAGCCUACUACCACUUUGGCGCAGGGCCGGGCAACACAUCAACCCGCAAGCAUGGCAUUGUUCUCCUUGUCUUCAGCGCCUGCAUGAUCCUUGGUGCAGUAGUCACGCACUUCUGGAUUCCACCUAUUCAACAAACACAGAAUGGCAGAACUAAGCUUUGGGGUGGUAAGCCCGAGACUCUCGAAAGCUUGUCUCUUGGCCGAAUGGGGCGCAGGAGUCGAGAUGCCGAUAUUCGGAAACGGACAUCACGGCAUCGGGCGCUUUCAAUGAGUGCCUAGGUAUUGCUGUUCUCCAUGUCUAUCUCUAAUUAUUCUUCUGUAUAAAUUUAGAAUCUGUGUUAUUUGCAUUUGGGAGUUCCAGCUAUGUUAAUAAAAACCAAUAGAUGCGUUCAGUCC